AUGCCCUUUCAACUUUUUCUUCUAGGAUACUUACUCGUAUUUCCUGCGCCGCGUUCCAUUGAAAACUAUGCCAUGAAAUAUCCAGCCAUACCAUCGGACCUCAGCCAGUUAUCGCUGUGUUUUUUUGUAAAAGUUGUUACAGACCAAAAACUGCAAUCUAUCUUCAGCUAUGCCAAACUCGAUGAAAAUGAUAUUUAUGCCGAAAGUUCUCCAACUGAGACAGCUCUCGGCAUCAAUGACAAACAUGGCAGGUAAUUCUUAUUUGAUUUUUUUGAAAAUCGGGUCAAUGAUGAAACUUAAUUCAACCUUUUUCAACAAUUUCUCAUUACCAUGACCAUCCUACAAUAUGGUCACGAAAAAGGGGAUAAGGUUCGUACGAUUUCAUUUAGCCAUCACUAAAUGCCCCUAGAGAGCGGGGAUGGCGCGGUGGUGUAAGCGCUCGCCUCCCGCCCCUGUGGCCUGGGUUCGAUUCCCGGACAUGGAUUUCUCAUUUUCCAUUUUGUUUGGGAAUGCAUUUCAGACUUGCCCCGGUGUAAGAAAAACAGUUCCGUUAGUUGUCUGUUUUAGCACCCGGGAAGACAUCUUUAAAAGUAGGUUGGAGUCGUACCAUUUAUAAUUUUAGACAUCCCGUGAGAGCAUUUUGUUUGCUUCUCCACUACUUAAAAUUGGACCAGCUGAGUUUACUCAAACAUAGUUAUUUCUUCGUAGGUGGGGAGGGAGGGUGGGUGAACGGGUGUAAGGAUGAUACUGGAACGAAUCAAGCGAUGGAUGAUUCAGAAAGAAACAGACUGGGCAGUAAAUGAAGAAAAUAUAAAUCACUCAUUUCAUGAAUAUGAAUUUUCUUUAGUUUCAAUGCUUCGGUCUAUGAUGGUGCCUGGCAUCAUUUGUGUUUCACUUGGGAAAAUACUUAUGGUGAACUCAGACUGUAUAAAAACGGUCAAUUUGAAGGCCAGCAUAUGGGUUUUGAAGUGGGAUAUACAGUCCGAUCUGGAGGCCAUUUAGUGCUCGGGCAAGAUCAAGACACCGUUGGAGGAGGUUUUGAACUGGAGAACACACUGAAUUCCCAACUGGCUGAGGUCAACAUGUGGGACCGGGUUCUGUCCGAAAAAGAAAUUGCUGCUCAGUACACAAACUGCAGGAUACCAAGUGGUUCCGUUGUCACCUGGUCCGAAUUUAAAACGCUAACCCAUGGCAGUGUGAUUGUCAAACAUUAA